AUCGUUGGCGACAGGUACAGCUAUACGCCAUACUGGCUUGUCAACGCAGCAGUCGCACGUAAAUGGAUCUUUGUUACCCCAGACUAUCGUCUUGUUCCAGAAUCCACGGCUCAUGCGUCUCUGGAUGACACUAUUGACGCAUACAACUGGGUACACUCUUCACUCGCAGAGGCAAUCGACCGCCGUGCAGGCCCUGUAUUGCUAGCUGGUUCCAGCGCCGGAGGAUACCUCGCGCUAUCAACCGCGAAUGCCGUCAAUCAAAAGCCAGAAGGGCUUCUUCUCAUCUACGGGAUGCUGGAUACUAUAGGCCUACGGUACACUACACCUGGCACAAACGUCUGGGGAGCGCCUCCCUUUGAUACUUCGUCUGUGCUGAGCAAGUUUCCCAAGACGAAGGACAAUGAAGAUCGAAAGCCAAUCUCGGGAUAUCCGCCUCUUGAGGACUAUGAAGAUGAUACAAGAUUCGCUCUAGCCCCAGCACUGCAUAUCGAAGCGUUGGUCCCGGAUUACAUGACCGGCGUUGAUGGGCUCAGUCGAGAGAUUGCCAACAAGGGUACAGACGCUAUUCCCGAAGAACACCGUCGCCUGUACCCUCUCUCUUUCGGCAAGCUUAGUGAAAUCCCACGCACUUACCUUUUGCAUGGUAAGAAUGACACUGCUGUGACCGUGGACUGCAGUUUAGUUGCUGAAAAGAAGCUUCGCGACGCUGGUGUUGAGGUUGUGGGGGAUUUUCCGGAGGACGCGGAGCAUGGGUUUGAUGGCAUAAUUGGCAACAUCGAUGUUGAGGAGGCAGAUGCAGAUGAGGUGGACAAUGUUCAGAGUCUUAUAAACGCGAUUCAUUUUCUUGAUACUGUGGUCAAUAACUGAUCAAGCAGCGUCAAGCAGCGUCAAGCUCGGCGACAUCGCUAAACACCACAAUCGAAGCACAUACUUUCACCAGUCACUACCAUGGACAGAAGGGA